CUUACUCAGACGUGAAUAGUUGAAUUGGAUGGUUUGUUAAAAUGGUGGGACCUAAGAUAAUAUUUUUAUUUAUAACUGGAUGUGUAACCUGUUUGACUGCAGAUACUGUCGAACAAAUCUUUAUCAGAGACAGCAAGGUCCCUGUGAAAGGAAAUGAUAUACAGGUUGUAUGUGAGGUGUCACAGUUCACCAGCGGUGGUAUUGUCAGUGUCUAUAAGACAGACUCCAUUCCUCCAGCGGACUUAACUCCAACUCCAUCAGUAGUAAAAUGUACCCAAUCAGUGUGCUUAGGAAGUAUACCAAGACAUACAUUCAGUACUAGCAGCAGUGGUGUCACUAUUACAGUCACUAAUCUCAAUAGAUCAGAAGACCAGAAAUAUUGGACAUGUGCAAUCAGCAACCAGAGAAAAUACAUGCAGCUUACUGUAUACACAAUUACUUCAUCGCUUCAGUACGAUCAUCCACCAAACCAUGCUCAAGACUUAGUUCAAAAUUCAGUAACCCUUAGAUGUAGCACAGGAUGUGCCUAUCCUUCACCAAAUUUUAUAUGGUAUUAUAUUAAGACUAAUGGAUCACGUCAAAAAUGGUCAACAACAACACCUGUGACUAAUAGAACUGGUGAUUGUACGGACUCUGAGAAAAUAUAUACGUCAACGUUAACAUUACCAAGAAAUACAGUGUUUACUGACGACACAGAUACCAUUGUGAAGUUUCAGUGUGGUGCCAUAUCAGAAACUGGUGCAAAAUAUCAACUAUUUACGCAAACAUCCGUAGAUAUUCGAUUUGCAG